AUGUGGUAUCUCGAUACCGGCGCUAGUAAUCACAUGUGCGGACACAAACACCUCUUUGUGGAGAUGCAAAAGAUAGAGGAUGGGCAUGUGUUAUUUGGAGACGCGUCGAAGGUUCGCGUCAAGGGCCGAGGUAAAAUCUGUUUUCUUCAAAAAGAUAAUAAAGAAGGGUCAAUUGAGAAUGUCUAUUAUGUGCCCGACUUGAAGAGUAACAUCCUUAGCAUGGGACAACUAUUGGAGAAGGGAUAUUCGGUUUUCAUGAAAGACCGGAUGUUGCACUUGAAGGACAAAAAAGAUCGGUUGCUUGCACAUGUGGAGAUGGCCAAGAAUCGAAUGUUCAAACUCAACUUGAGAAACGUGCAAGAAAGGUGUUUGCAAAUCAACAUGGAGGAUGUGGAGAAAGAGAAGGAGAUCAGCGAAAAGCAUCGGGCGGAGAUUAAGUUGAUUAGGGUUGAAAUCGAUGUGGAGAAAGAGAAGGAGAUCAGCGAAAAGCAUCGGGCGGAGAUUAAGUUGAUUAGGGUUGAAAUCAAAGAAAAAGUUAUAAGGAUCGAAUCGUUGGAAAAAGAGGGUCGUAGAGCUUUGGCGCGAUUAGAGAGAGAUUGGAAGGACAAAGAAGAAGGGUUGGGUGUCGAGAUUAUUGAGUUAGAGGAGAAGAAAAAGUUUGAGUUGAAGAUUCGAAUUGUUACCUUAGAGUUGGAAGAAUCGAAGAAGAAGAUAGAAGAGAUUUCACGAGAGAAGAAUAAGUCUUUAAAGGAGAAAGCUAAGCAAGAGAUGGAGAUUCUUGAAUUGAAGAGUGAACAGAACACCCGAUUGCUUAGUAAGAACGAUGCAAUCAAGAAAGAGGUUGGUGUGUUGGAGGAGGAGGCUGAAGCAAAGAUUGGGGAGCUUACGAUGAAGUUGGAUGGUUUGAGUUCAAAGAUCAGAGAGAUUUCAAUGGAGAAGGAUAAGUUUGAAAAUGUGAAAACGAAGCAAGAUGUGGAUAUUAUCUUGAGAAGAAGAGCAUUCAUUCAAGAUGAGAGAGAUACAUUUGAGAGGGAAUUAGAUGUUCGAAGAGAGGAAUGGAAAAAAUUUUUAUCGCAAGUUCAUGAGUUAAAGAAGAGUAAAGAUGAGUGUCUGAGAGAGCUCGAGGAGCUCAACGCAUCAACGGAUGCUCUUGUCCUAGAGAAAGAAAAGGAGAAGUCUAUCAUGAUGAAGAAGAUGAAAGAUUCUGAGGUGGUUUCCGAUAAAGUUCUCUCGCUGCUGAAGACUACCACGAAGGCUGUACAUGGAGGUGAAAAUGCUCAAGAGAAUGGCUUUGUCGAUGAUGAUGAUGAUGAUGACAGGAUUUGUCCAUUCGCAGAGGAGAUGGAGAGGAUUAAAUGA